AUGGCUGAUACCACUGUUGAAAACUCUGGAGAGGCCCCCAGCAAGCAAACAAGUGACAUUGCCUUCAUGGCUGAAUGUUUCAAGCAUUUACAGGGACCAUUCAACGUUGACCUGCCUGCUAUGGCCGAGGCACUGGGCUAUAAAAACCAUAACUCUGUUGGAAACCGUUUACGCGCAAUCAAGAAGAAAUGGGGCAUCGGCACCGGCGAUGGUGCUGAAGCUGGCUCUGAAGGCACCCCCACAGCCACUACCCCAAAGACCCCUCGCAAAGGAGCCAAAGCAGCUCGCGGCCCUGUUAAAGCCAAGGCUGAAACCGAUGGCGAAGAAGCAAAGGCUAAUGGAAGCCCCGCAAAGCGUGGUAGGAAGCCUGCUGCCAACAGCGGGCGCAAGCGUAAGGCAGCCAACGCCACGGCCGACGAAAAGGAGAACGUCGAUCCCGCCACAGAAGACAAAGCGAACGAAGCUGAGAUUAAGGCUGAAACGGAAGUGACGGCAAAAGACGCAGAUGAUGAUGCUGAAGAGACCGUUGUUUAG